CAAAACGAAUCCUCAACUUUGUGAAAAUAUCGUAAUCACCCCUCUAAAAGCGAGAAACAGUAAGAAAAUAGAGAUUGAUCUCCUCGACAAGUUCCUCCUCCCUCACUCCUUCUUCCUCUGAUUAUUUCUCUAUUCGGCGCUCUUUUUUCACUUCUCGAUCCCACCGUCAAAUCGCCCUCAGAGGAAUGACUCUGAUGACUACACCGCCGAUAGAUCAGCAAGAGGACGAGGAGAUGCUCGUUCCGCAUUCUGAUUUGGUCGAAGGACCUCAGCCCAUGGAAGUUGCUCAGCCUGAGGCUGCUGCCACCACUGUGGAGAAUCCCCCAGCCGAGGAGAUUCCCACUCUGAAGUUCACGUGGAGCACCCAAGGUUUCACCAGGCUCAACGUUAGGAAGCUUUAUUCUGAUAUAUUUGUUGUUGGAGAUUAUAAAUGGAGAAUACUGAUUUUUCCAAAAGGAAACAAUGUCGACCAUCUGUCCAUGUACUUGGACGUUGCUGACGCUGCGAGUUUGCCUUACGGUUGGAGCAGAUAUUCACAGUUCAGCCUUGCUGUAGUGAAUCAAAUGAACAGCAAAUAUUCCAUCAGAAAAGAGACUCAACAUCAAUUCAAUGCAAGAGAAAGCGACUGGGGUUUUACAUCAUUCAUGCCUCUCAGCGAGCUCUAUGAUCCCACUCGUGGAUAUUUAGUGAAUGAUACUCUUCAGAUUGAAGCCGAAGUUGCUGUGCGGAAGGUUCUUGAUUACUGGUCAUAUGACUCCAAAAAGGAGACUGGUUUUGUUGGACUUAAGAACCAAGGUGCUACCUGUUACAUGAAUUCUCUCCUGCAGACGUUAUACCACAUACCUUACUUCAGAAAGGCUGUUUACCACAUGCCAACAACUGAGAGUGAUGCACCUACGGCUAGUAUCCCGUUGGCGCUCCAGAGCUUGUUUUACAAGCUUCAGUAUAAUGACACCCGUGUAGGGACAAAGGAGCUGACAAAGUCUUUUGGUUGGGAUACAAAUGAUUCAUUCAUGCAACAUGAUGUUCAAGAACUCAACCGAAUUCUCUCUGAAAAGCUUGAGGACAAAAUGAAGGGAACUGUUGUGGAGGGAACAAUACAGAAGCUAUUUGAGGGUCACCACAUGAAUUACAUUGAGUGCAUUAAUGUCGAUUACAAAUCUACACGUAAAGAAUCAUUCUAUGACCUCCAGCUUGAUGUUAAGGGCUGCAAAGAUGUAUAUGCUUCUUUUGACAAGUAUGUUGAAGUUGAACGCCUUGAAGGAGACAACAAAUACCAGGCAGAAGGACAUGGCUUGCAGGAUGCGAAAAAAGGUGUUCUAUUCAUUGACUUUCCACCCGUACUUCAACUCCAGCUCAAGAGGUUUGAAUAUGACUUUAUGCGAGACACAAUGGUGAAGAUAAACGAUCGAUAUGAGUUUCCUCUUCAACUGGAUCUCGACAGAGAGAAUAGAAAUACCUAUCUCCUGAUGCUGACAAGAGUGUUCGUAAUCUCUACACACUCCAUAGUGUCUUAGUCCAUAGUGGAGGAGUGCAUGGAGGGCACUAUUAUGCUUUUAUUAGGCCAACACUCUCAGAUCAAUGGUAUAAAUUUGAUGAUGAACGCGUGACGAAGGAAGUUGUGAACAGGGCACUGGAAGAGCAAUAUGGGGGUGAAGAAGAGUUACCGCAAAAUAAUCCUGGUGUCAAUAAUCCACCUAUUAAAUUCACAAAAUAUUCCAACGCAUACAUGCUUGUUUAUAUCCGUGAAAGCGAUAAGGAUAAAAUAAUAUGCAACGUUGAUGAAAAAGACAUCGCAGAACAUUUACAGGUAAG